AUGGUAGUAGAAAUCCUGGGUACUGUGGAACCUGCACAUGCAGGAGUACUUAUUAAUGCUCUUAUAAUAACAGUGAUACAUAUAGAUGCUCAGUUACACACCCCCAUGUACCUAUUCCUCUGUAACCUUGCCUUAGUAGAUAUCUGUUAUACAACCACUAUUGUCCCUAACCUGCUGUACAUGUUACUAUCUGGAGAUAAUACAGUGUCCAUCACACAAUGCUUCACUCAGAUGUACUUUUAUUUGUUGGCUGAUUCCUCAGAGAUUUAUCUGAUAUUCAUUAUGGCAUAUGACCGAUAUGUUGCUAUAUGUGAUCCUUUACACUAUCACUCUAUUUUAAACAGGAAACUCUGUCUUGUAUUGGCAUCUGGUACUUGGAUAUCAGGAAGCUUAAAUGCAUUUGUGCUUUCAAUCCCAGCAUCACACAUGUCCUACUGUCAUUCUCGCACCAUACACCAGUUUUUCUGUGAUGCUAAAGCUCUGAUUAACAUAUCCUGUGCUGGCAGUGACGAUCUAUAUAUUGUAAUAUACACUGAGUUUUUGGUAUAUGGAGUUUUCCCAGUCAUGUUCUUUUUGAUAUCAUAUAUAAAAAUUAUCAGAGUCAUCUUGAAGAUAAAAUCUAAGGAUGGCAGGAAGAAAGCCUUCUCCACCUGCUCAUCCCACCUCACUGUUGUUAUUAUGUACUAUAUUUCAGGUGUCUCUGUGUACAUGAUGCCACCAUCAGAAUACUCCGAUGUCUUAGAACAGGUGUUUAGUGCACUGUACACAGUUGUAACUCCCAUAAUAAACCCUCUGAUCUACAGUCUACGGAAUAAAGAUGUAAAAAUUUCUCUGAUGAGACUGCUGUGGAGAAAACAAAGUAUUGAACGGUGA